AUGCAGCUGACGAGCUUCGUCCCGCUCGCCUUCGCUGCACUGGCGGCGGCGGCCCAACCCCUCGACGCCGUCCUCAAGGCGAACAAUGACAGUCUAAGCACAUUCGCCGCCCUCCUGGCGACGGUCCCGGCCGUCGGCCAGACCAUCACCAAAGCCGUCGACACCACCAUCCUCGCGCCCUCCAACGACGCCUUCGCCAAGGCGAUGCAGGCCGACCCGACCUUCGCCCAGAGGGCCGCCACCAACGCCACCUUCCUGACCGACCUGCUCCUCUACCACGUCGUCACGGGCAAGACCAUGGCCGCCAUGUUCCCCGAGAACUCCAAGUUCGCCCACACCCUGCUCGAGACGCCCGCCGCCAACGUCACGGGCAACCAAAAGGUCGAGCUCCUCCGCAAGGGCGAGCAGGCCCGCGUCUUCAGCGGCUACAAGCAGCUGAGCGUCGUCACCAAGCCCGACAUCACCUACGCCGGCGGCGUCCUCCACGUCCUCGACUCGGUCCUGACCUUCCCCGGCACCCCGGCCGAGACGGCCAUGGACACGGGCCUGACGAGCAUGGCCGGCGCCCUGAAGCGCGCGGGCCUCGCCGACGGCGUCGACUCGCUGCAGGCCGCCACCGUGCUCGCGCCGACCAACGCCGCCUUCCAGGCCAUCGGCGCCACGGUCGCCUCCAUGGAGCCCGCCGACCUCGCCCGGAUCCUCGAGUACCACGUCCUCAUGAACCAGGUCCGCUUCAGCCCGGGCAUCACACUCAAGAUGGGCUACAAGACCCUCAUGGGCGAGAAGGUCACGCUCCGGAAGCUCGACGGCCUCCUGUACGCCAACUCGGCCCGGAUCACCAUCGCCGACAUCAUCACCACCGACGGCGUCAUGCACGUCGUCGACAGUGUCCUCAACCCAUCAUCGCCUCGGUUGAACCCCGGCGCCGGAACACCCGCCUUUGAGGGCGCCGUGCAGGCCGCAAACGCCCCUUUCACCGACGGCGUCAAGCCGACGGCCGUCUUCGUCCCGGCCGACUCGGGCGCGAGAGACAUCAGCCUAUCUGUCCGUCCCGCCGUGCUCGGGAUCCUUGUUUGUUUGGCGGUCGCGUAUCUGUAA